GCGUUCACAAAAGUCCCCCUCGGGGUGGCGGGGGGGCGUUCCCGCGCCACGCGCCGCGGAGGGAGGAAGGCCCCCAAGAUGGCGAUGCUGGCGGAGCCCCGUAGAAGGCAGAAGUGGUCUGUGGAUCCACGAAAUAGCGCUUGGAGUAAAGAUGAAUCUAAAUUUGGCCAGAAGAUGCUGGAAAAGAUGGGCUGGUCCAAAGGAAAGGGUCUUGGGGCUCAGGAACAAGGAAAUACAGAACAUAUCAAGGUUCAGGUGAAAAACAACAUGCUGGGGUUAGGAGCAACCAUCAAUUACGAGGACAACUGGAUUGCUCAUCAGGAUGACUUCAACCAGCUUCUGGCUGAACUGAAUGAUUGCCAUGGACAGGGUGAAACAGAGUCCUCAGUGAAUAAUCAGAAGAUGACGUUCAGUCUCGAAGAAAAAUCCAAAUCUUCCAAGAAACGUGUCCAUUAUAUGAAGUUUGCAAAAGGUAAGGAUCUCUCUUCGCGCAGUGAAGAUGAUCUGUCCUGCAUAUUUGGGAAGCGACAGAAGAGUGUGAAGACACAGGAGGACAUUACUAAUCCCGAGUCUCAGGAAGAGAAGCAGAAAAACCUCUGGCUAUCUGAGCCUGCAGAUGGUUACAAUACAGUGAAGAGCGUUCUCACUGUACAGGAAUAUUUUGCCAAGCGCAUGGCAAAACUGAAGGGAUCCCAGAAUGAGACAGGAACAAAGGUAGACAAUUCCUGCCCAACAGCCGAUGAAGCUUUGGAGCCUUCAGAAGAACUGAAAACAAAAGUCAAAAAGAAAAAAAAGAAGCAGAAGAGAGAUGAGGCAGAGAGUACAGAGCAUUGUGAGAAACUAAAAGUGAAACAACCUAGGAUAGGUAGCUUGAAUGGAAAGGAACUGGAUGCUCCGUUAAAUGAACGUCACUCAGGGAAAAAGAAAAGGAAACAUAAAGAGCAGCACGAAGGGGAACGCAUUAGUUGUGAUGAAAAUAUGCGCAAUGGAGAAAUUUAUACAGGAAUAUCUGAUGGGGAAGAUCUCAGCAUAAAGGACUCUGAGGCAAAGCAAAAGAAACACCAUAAGAAGAAACACAAAAGGCAAAAAGAGGAGACAGAUGAGUGUAUCGAAGGAGUGCAGAGAAAGAAAAAGAAGCGCUGCAAGCACGUUUAACCAUUUAAGUCAGGCUGGGACUCUGAGGUGAUUUGAACUUCAGCCUGUUAGAGGAGAGGUCUGUGUAAACACACCAGCCAGACAUCACGUAUUAAUCCAGACUGGAGCACACUGCUCUACCUGCGACUGAAACCACAGACUGUGUUUAAACAUAGCUUUUUCAAGGGAGAACAUGGUGACAGGCCAACACGAGCUUCAGUGCCGUGUUAAAAACAUAUCCAUGCGUAAAGCCAAGGCUUGCAUGUCUGCAAAGCAAGACUUGAUAAAAACCAGCUAGGCUUUGCCUCUUCCAGUAUGGCAGACGGUUCGCCUUGGUGGCUUUGCAAGAGCUGUGUUUUAACACAGCAGACCCUGUGCUGCCUUCAGCCCAGGUUCGCUCUGGUGCAACUCCAUUCAAGUCAGGUAACAGCAAGCAAAAUCAGGCCUGGUUUUAACCACUGUGGUUAAGACUGUGAAAGGCAGUGAAUUACUAUCUGCUGCUUCACACGGACUGUGUUUUUCUCAAUCCAGGAAAAAAAAAAACCAAGUCACCCUACUACUGCCUUUGUUAAAGCCACUGUUGUUUUCACUUGUGAUAGCCCAGCUCUGCUUCUGGAAACAGGAGGGGUUUUGCAAAGCUGUAUGUAUUCUUUAACUGAUUUUUGCAAAGUUGUGUCUAAUUUUUUCAUUGAUCUCUUUUAACAUAUAAAAUGAAUGUUGUUUCUUCCCAAAAUACUUAUUCUAAUUAAAGGUAUACGGCUGAGUGUCAGUACUAAAGAAUGAAAUAAAAAUACCUCCCUUUGUUUCCUAGCCAGUCGUUAACUAUUGUCAAGCAAUUGUAACUUUGCAACAAAGCUAAAGGAGCUGUGCCUUUAUUAACUGUAUCAAAAUUUUUGGUUCCCAGGCAACAUUCAGAGCACCUUCAGUGAUGCAUCUGGCAUUCAAAAAGUUGUCUUGGAUAGAGAAAGGUUUUUUUCUGAAAUUAGGAGACCAAAUAGAUUUUAAAAGCAUAGCUGGUCAGAUGUAUUAGUAUUGUCAUUUACACAUUGAAAACUUGCAAUUUCGAUUUAUAACCAAAUUAGAGUUUGUUUCUAAUUGUAAACCUGGAAAUAAGUAAUGCUGGAACUCGGCACUACCAUGAGCAGUUUUGUAUGAGAUCUUAAAGAUUCAGCAUGAAUUUUGACAUGUUAAUCUCACUCAGCUAAGAGCUGUCAGAAGAGAUGGGUGAACUUGGAAGUAAAGUGCUGGAAUGGGAAGAAGCAUUCACCGUCCUGCAGUCCGGUUCUGAUAUUGCUUUGGCCACAGCAAAUUGACAGCACAACCCUGAAAGCCAGGCAGUUAUCAUGGCAUAAUCCAGAGCAGCUGACCAGUAUUCAAAUCCAUUAGCUGUUCGUUUGACUUUGGGCCUGGCUGUGUUUCAUCAAUGUAAAUUUAAAACAUCCCAUCGGCCUGCUCUGCUGAAUAAAAUGGAUACGUUUUU